AUGUGCCACAUAGUGAUAACAGGAGCAAUAGGCUACAUUAGCGGCGACGUCCUGUGUGCCCUUCCACAGGCAUUUCGCUCGUGCAAGAUCACGGCCCUCGUGCGCAGCAACAAGAAGGCAUCCCUUAUCACGGGCAGAUUUCGAUCGGUGACCCCGGUCAUUAGAAAGAUUGAUUCCGCGGCGGAAAUUGCGAUACUAGAUAUAUGUUAUCUAACCGAUAACUGCUGCCCGAAAGAUCUAGCGAGCUCGCACCAUCUCCCCAGUGCUACUGCCAUUGCGCAGGGCUUGACAGAGACGAAGCGCCAAAGUCCAGUUCGGAUCCAAAUCUCGGGCGCAAGCCUCCUCUCUGGCGCGGAAGUCGCAACAAGUUCCGAUGGCCAAGCACGGGCCCAAAACCACAACGACCUGCAGGGCAUCAGCGGAAUCCGAAUCAUCAUCUCUUCAUCACCCAAGCGCGCGGUCGACCAGAUGCUCCUAAAUUUCUCCUCGGAACAGCCUAAUCUCCGAACAGCGAUCAAUCAGCGCAGCAUCCAGCUACCUGAUCUGGCGAAGGCGACCUUUCAGCUUGGCCAUGGAGUUCAGGUCGGGAAGGGUCUGAGCUGUUGGAGAAAUAUUCACAUUGCGGAUUUGUCAAACUUGAUUAUGAGGUUGGUUGCGGAAACGGAGGUCUGUCAAGGCGGGAAUCCUUUGUUGUGGAAGGAGAACGGCAUUUACUUUGCGGAAAACGGAAAGAUGCCGGUCGGGGAGAUUUCAAGGCGAGUAGCCGCAUUUGCUUUCCAAAACGGCUUCACGAAGAGCACAUAUGUUCAGGACAUCGACGCGGAGAUUGCAGAUAAAUUGACCGCACAGGGAGCCGUUCUCAGGGGGCCUAACGCCCAGUAUACGGCAUCUCGGGCGCGGGAGUUGCGAAGCUGGAAGCAGGCUUGUCCCAGCAUUGAAGAGGAGGUCCCGAGAGCUGUUAUGGACGGAGCUUUGCGGCUUAAAUCUCAUCCUAAGAUCUAG